GAGUUAACCACCGAUUAACAACUACCGUCCUGUAAUAUGGGGGAUAUGUUCUUGUGUGUCAUUAUUACAAAGCAUAAUUUUUGUUUCUCUUCUGACGUCACGAUUGGUAGAACAAGACAUCUUCUGAGAACUCUUAAAGAUCUGUGGUUGCUCUAUUCUUUGCAUAGAAAGGCUAAUCCAGGUAAAAUAAUGGCCUCAAAAUGUCUAAGAGGAAAUGUACAGGAAAGUAUUACAAGAAUAAGAAAGGCUUUUAUGGCAGGUGUAAAUAGUGUUCAGCCACAUGAACUGAUUAAGAAACAUUUACAAAGAAAUGCGGAGAGUUUAGAAAUUAACAAAGUGAAUUAUACACUUAAAAAUAAUGUAUAUGUCAUUGGAUUUGGUAAAGCAGUUAUUGGCAUGAUAAGACCUGUGGAAGAUGCUUUGAGGAACUCUGAUGGAACAAGUCAUAUACAGGAAGGCGUGAUAAGUGUGCCUAUUGGGAUUCAGGAUACUUUUGCAAAGAAACCACACUUACUGCCAACUGAGAACUCCAUCAUUGAAAUUGUAGAAGGAGCUAAAAAUAACAUACCAGAUGAAGCAGCAUAUGCAGGAGCAAGAAAGAUCCUUUCUUUAGCACAGAAGUUAAAAGAAAAUGACCUUUUACUUGUGCUGAUUUCAGGAGGAGGAUCAGCCCUGCUGCCCUACCCUACUCCUCCUCUGACACUUCAUGAAAAAAGUGAACUAGUAAAGUCACUUAGCAAGAAAGGGGCAACUAUAACAGAACUGAAUACAGUCAGAAAGGCUUUGUCACAGACCAAGGGUGGAAAACUUGCAAGUGCAACAGAAGCAGAGGUAGUAACACUUAUCUUGUCAGACAUUAUUGGUAGUCCCCUUGAUAUGAUAGCUAGUGGACCAACUGUAUGUAAUACAGACCCUGUAGAUGCUGCAGAAAACAUUUUGCAUAAGUAUGAUAUUGCUAUCACAGAAAAUCUAAGACAUAUUUUAGAUAAAAAUGCUUCAGAAAAUAUAAAAACAAAUCCAAAUGUCAGCAACUUCAUUAUUGGCAGCAAUGAGACAGCAUUGUCAGAAGUGCUCUCUUCAAUCACAAAAACAGAGAGUAAUUGUCAGUCAGUAAUAUUAUCAUCAUCUUUAAGUGGAGAAGCAGGACACACAGGGAGAAAGAUGGCAGGUUUUGCAGCAAAUGUCCUUGAAAUCCUCUGUGGACACAAGGAUCUACAGAUCUCUGAAUCAGAUCUGUGUGACCUUUGCAUAAAUGACAGCAAACCAAGCCUUAUGGAUGCCUUAGAGAGGUGUAGAAAGAGUAAAACCCCCAUUUGGCUUAUUUUUGGAGGGGAAACUACUGUGGAAGUAAAAGGAUCAGGAAGAGGUGGAAGGAAUCAAGAAAUGGUGCUCACCUUCAGUAUGUCUAUUGAAGAGAAGCUUCAAGCAUCAACAAGUAUAGGAGAAGUAGUAUUUCUCUCAGGUGGAACAGAUGGUAUCGAUGGACCAACAGAUGCAGCAGGUGCUGUAACAUACUGGUCAUCUUUCAACUCAGGAAUAAAGUCCCAGUUGAAAGAGGCAAAAGAGCAGGGCCUAAAUCCAGACAAUUUCCUCAGAAACAAUGAUUCAUACACUUAUUUUUCUGAGCUGAGCUCUGGACAGUAUUUACUCAAACCUGGGCACACUGGAACUAAUGUAAUGGAUUUGCAAAUUCUGCUCAUUAACCCCUUCAACUAGUAUCCUUUUAAACCCCUUAGUAAUAGCAUUAUUGGAUGAAGAAAUUGGUAUAUGUUCAGAAUAGGUCUACAUGACAUCACUACUAGUGAUGUCAUGGCCUUCGCAAUAUGUGCUUAAACAAAGGCCAGCAUACCUCCCCUGUGUAUAUUCAGCAGUACAGUCUGUUAGUUCCUUUCUAGUUGCCAGAAUAUGCACAGAGGAAGUUUGUUUGCCUUUGCCAGAAUCCCAAGAGGAAAAGCUACAACAUAACUGGACAUGGGGCCAUGAGCAAUUUCUGUCUUUAAUAAGCAGUUGUGAUCUUGCCUUCAGUUUUUAUAUAGCAUUGUAUUGUUUUAUGCAUUCUUCAUUUUUAUUUCAUACUUUUUGUAAUGCUGUUUCUAUUUAGCUCAAAAUGUAUAGAUCAGGGUGCUUUCUGUUAAGUAAUGGAAUGUGCGUCUAUAUUUUAGGUUUUGCUUACGGUGAUCUUUACUCCAUUUUCCUCUUCUGCAGUUGGUUUGAAGCUCAAACUUAGAUAUAAAUUCUCAAACCAAGAAAAAUCAUGAAAAUAUGUCAAUAAUGAAGGACUUUUUUCCACUAAAGUGUUCACAGUGUAAUGUAACUUGACUUUUACCAGCUAUUGCAGUAUGACUGCAAAGGUGCUAUAUUUCUUACACAGUAUGCUACUCAUAGUUGAUAUGAAGGCAAUUUUGUCUUGAUUAUUAUAAAGAUAUUAUUAAACUUCAUGUAAAAGCAAUAUUUUCCUCCAAAGGAUAACUGCUAAGAUGUUUAUUGUUAUUUUAUUUCAUAUAUACAUUUUUACAUGAAUGCUUACUUUAUUUUCAUAUCAAAAUCAGAGAAAUUAUUCCCAGUGCCUGACCCAGGUGAUGUAACAUGAGAGUAUCAGGGUUUUGAAAUGCAUGCAUUUUGUCUACUGAUUGUAUUUUAGAAACAUAGUGAUUGAGGCAAAUAUUAUGAGCAUGAAACAAAGGAGAGAAAAAUAAUGAUUAAAACUAGUGCAUAAAUUUUCCUUUAAAGAAAACUAAAAAAAAUCUGAAUAGUUUGGUGCUUUUAACUUCCCUGUUCCCAAUGCUCUCAUGUAGGCAGUGAGUUCUGUCUUGACAGUAUAACAAUUAUUAAUGUUGCACAUCAUUUCAGAUCUUUGUUGCCUUUUUUAUGUUGUAAAACUGAAUAUUAAUUGUAAAGUGAUUGCAUAUCAAUAUUCCCUUGUAUUGUGAUACUGUGACUGUUAGGUAACAUCAAUCAUAAAAGACUGCAGCAUUCCUAAGAAGAUUCAACAUUACUGAAUUAAUUACAUAAAUAAGAAAUAUAUUUUUAUACAUACUUGUUAUGUACAUUAAAAAGAAAAGAUAGGGGAUUGAUACAAAAAAGUAAGAUUUGACUUGCUGGUAUCUAGCUUUUAAAUAUGGUUUAUGUAUGAAAUUAAUAAACUACAAGUGACA